AUCAGCAACUGAAACCAUCACCUCACUCCAGCAGCAACUUUAAUCGCUACUAUCAUUCACAUACAUUAAUUCACGAUGCAUUUCUCCGCCGCAACACUCCUCGCUGUCUUGAGCGCCGUCGCUGUCGCUGCUCCCACUGCUGAGCCCGGCCGUGACCAGCAGCCCAAGCAGUACAACAAGGAGAAGUACAACAAGGACUGCAAGGAAGACUGGGAGCACAAGUGGGAGAACAAUGACUGGAAGAAGGAUGAGAAGCUCUUCUACUACGACGCCGAGUACUACGUCAAGGCCACACCAGACCAGGUCAUCGCCAACAGCGGUGCUCCUGCACCAGGCCAGCCAGGAGCCAAGGGUAUCUUCAAGUACGGCAUCAACGUUGCGGAAAACACCAUUUGCUACAACAUUACCCUCUCAGGUGUUACCGGCGACUACAUGUCGCCCGCUGUAACCGCAACCCACAUCCACGAGGCCGUCAAGGGCAAGGCCGGCCCGCCCCGCCUUGCCUUCCCCAACCCCAAGGGACCUGACAGCCGCCGUGUUUCCUACGGCUGCUUGACUGGACCCUUCUUCGUUGGUACCAACAACACUGCUGGUGUUGACAACGCUGCUGGCUUCCACGUCCGCCAGAUUGUCGCAAAUCCCGCCGGUUUCUUCACUGACAGCCACACUGUCCAGUUUUCCGCUGGUGCUGUCCGCGCGCAGCUUGGUUAAAUCGAUCAAAUCGCCCUAACGAGGGAAGUAACUUCGGCCACGAGAGCCACUUAAUGUAAUGAGCUUCAAACAUAUAGCUUAAUAAUGUACAUAAUGU